UAGUUAAGGGUCCUACGUCCUUCCGAAUUCCGCACGCGCAACCACGUUCGCCGGGGCGCAGGCGGAGUAGCGUGGUCUCCCGGGCAAUCAGUAAGCACGUGGACUGAGCGGUCACGCGUGGUCACAGAGGGAGUCGAUCUUCGAUUUUGGCCAUAUCCGUCGGGGGCGACGAAUUAAUAAAAGCCAUGGCACCGGCGGGAAUCCUGAACGGGAAGGUGGCCUCCGCGCAAAUAAAGGACAGACUGAAGAAUCAAGUUGCUCAGAUGAAGGAGCAAGUACCUGGGUUCUCACCAGGCUUGGCAAUUUUACAGGUUGGCAACAGAGAUGAUUCAAAUCUUUAUAUAAAUGUGAAGCUGAAGGCUGCUCAAGAGAUUGGGAUCAAGGCCACUCACAUUAAGUUACCAAGAACAGCCACAGAAUCUGAGGUUUUAAAGUCCAUUAUAUCUCUGAAUGAAGACCCCACUGUACAUGGGUUCUUAGUGCAGCUACCUUUAGAUUCAGAGAAUCCCAUUAACACUGAAGCAGUGAUCAACGCUAUUGUACCUGAAAAAGAUGUGGAUGGAUUGACUAGCAUCAAUGCUGGAAAACUUGCUAGAGGUGACCUAAAUGACUGUUUUAUUCCUUGUACACCUAAGGGAUGCUUGGAACUCAUCAAAGAAACAGGGGUGCAGAUAGCUGGAAGGCACGCAGUGGUGGUUGGGCGCAGUAAAAUAGUGGGUGCCCCAAUGCACGACUUGCUUCUGUGGAACAAUGCCACAGUGACUACCUGCCACUCCAAGACUGUUAACCUGGAUGAGGAGGUUAAUAAAGGUGAUAUCCUGGUGGUUGCAACUGGUCAGCCUGAAAUGGUGAAAGGGGAGUGGAUCAAACCUGGGGCAAUAGUCAUCGACUGUGGAAUCAAUUAUAUUCCAGAUGAUACAAAAACAAAUGGGAAAAAGGUUGUAGGUGAUGUGGCAUACGAAGAGGCCAAAAUGAGAGCGGGCUUCAUCACCCCUGUUCCUGGGGGAGUUGGACCCAUGACAGUUGCAAUGCUGAUGCAGAGCACAGUAGAGAGUGCAAAGCGUUUCCUGGAGAAAUUUAAGCUGGGAAAGUGGAUAAUUCAGUAUCACAACCUUAACCUCAAGACACCUGUUCCAAGUGACAUUGAUAUAUCACGAUCUUGCAAACCAAAACCUAUCAGUAACCUGGCUCGAGAAAUUGGUCUGCUCUCUGAAGAGGUAGAAUUGUAUGGUGAAACAAAGGCCAAAGUUCUGCUGUCCGUUUUACAACGCCUGAAGCACCAGCAUAAUGGAAAAUACGUGGUAGUGGCUGGAAUAACUCCAACACCUCUGGGAGAAGGAAAAAGCACAACCACAAUUGGGCUGGUGCAAGCCCUUGGUGCCCAUCUUCAUCAGAAUGUAUUUGCAUGCGUGCGGCAGCCUUCCCAGGGCCCAACCUUUGGAAUAAAAGGUGGCGCUGCAGGAGGUGGCUACUCGCAGGUCAUUCCUAUGGAAGAGUUUAAUCUCCACCUCACUGGUGACAUCCAUGCCAUCACUGCAGCUAACAAUCUUGUUGCUGCAGCCAUCGAUGCCCGGAUAUUCCACGAAUUGACACAGACAGACAAGGCUCUCUAUAAUCGUUUGGUUCCGUCAGUAAAUGGAGUGAGAAAGUUCUCUGAUAUCCAAAUCCGAAGGCUACGGAGACUAGGCAUUGAAAAGACUGACCCUGCUACGCUGACAGAUGAAGACAUAAACAGAUUUGCAAGAUUGGAUAUUGACCCAGAAACUAUAACUUGGCAAAGAGUGUUGGAUACCAAUGAUAGAUUCCUGAGGAAGAUCACGAUUGGACAGGCUCCAACGGAGAAAGGGCACACACGGAUGGCCCAGUUUGAUAUCUCUGUGGCCAGUGAAAUUAUGGCUGUCCUGGCUCUCACCAGUUCUCUAGAAGACAUGAGAGAAAGACUAGGCAAAAUGGUGGUGGCAUCCAGCAAGGGAGGGGAGCCUGUCACUGCUGAAGAUCUGGGAGUGAGUGGCGCAUUGACGGUGCUCAUGAAGGAUGCGAUCAAGCCCAAUCUCAUGCAGACAUUAGAGGGCACUCCAGUGUUUGUUCAUGCUGGACCAUUUGCCAACAUUGCACAUGGGAAUUCCUCCAUCAUAGCAGACCGGGUUGCACUCAAGCUUGUUGGCCCUGAAGGGUUUGUAGUGACUGAAGCUGGAUUUGGAGCAGACAUUGGAAUGGAGAAGUUUUUUAACAUCAAAUGCCGAUAUUCUGGUCUCCGCCCUCAUGUAGUGGUUCUUGUUGCCACUGUCAGGGCUCUUAAAAUGCACGGGGGUGGCCCCACGGUCACUGCUGGAAUGCCUCUACCCAAGGCUUACAUAGAGGAGAACCUGGAGCUGGUUGAAAAAGGCUUCAGUAACUUGAAGAAACAAAUUGAAAAUGCCAGAAUCUUUGGUGUUCCAGUAGUGGUGGCUGUGAACGUAUUCAAAACUGACACAGAAGCUGAGCUGGACCUCAUCUGCCACCUUGCCAAGGAAAAUGGGGCUUUUGAUGCUGUGAAAUGCACUCACUGGGCAGAAGGGGGAAAGGGAACCUUAGCCCUGGCAGAAGCUGUCCAGAGAGCAGCACAAGCACCCAGCAACUUCAAACUCCUUUAUGACCUCAAGCUCCCGAUUGAGGACAAGAUCAGGAUCAUCGCGCAGAAGAUCUAUGGGGCAGACGACAUUGAAUUGCUCCCCGAAGCUCAGCACAAAGCUGAAGUCUACACAAAGCAGGGCUUUGGGAAUUUGCCCAUCUGCAUGGCCAAAACCCACCUGUCCUUGUCUCAUAACCCAGAGCAGAAAGGUGUCCCCACAGGCUUUGUCCUGCCCAUCCGCGACAUCCGUGCCAGUGUUGGGGCUGGUUUUCUGUACCCCUUAGUAGGAACGAUGAGCACAAUGCCUGGACUCCCUACCCGACCCUGUUUCUAUGAUAUUGAUUUGGACCCUAAAACCGAACAGGUUAAUGGGCUGUUUUAAAUAGAUUGUCCUUUUUUUAAGAAGCUACUUUGAAAGUUUGACCAGUGUCUGUUCUGUGCCUUCUGUGAGUGAGGGAGUAUGGGGAAGUCAAGAGAAGUCAGCCACUGCCCCUGAAGGUCUGCUGAAGUAAACAGCAGGGGUUUCCUCCAAGCUUAAGUUUCAUCUUCAUAUACAAAUGAAUAUAAAAAUCAUGCAUGUCUAUUUACUUUGGAAAAUUCCAUAGAAUAAAAUGAAAUGAUUUUGCUAUAUUUAUUCCUGUAUUUAAAUAUAAGUUUUAGCUUUUAUGGAC